GUCAAGAACGUCACCAACAUCUUCACCGUCUCCCGUCAUCGUGUCCACUCGCAAUGGCAAGCCCUGCUCAACAAUUACCGCCAGGUUGGGCCGCUGACUGGGACGCCGAUAACCAACGCUACGUAUUCAUUGAAACCGCUACCGGUCGUGCACAAUGGGAGCCCCCAGCUGGCGGAGUUGAAGGUUCACCAGCGCCGACAAGCUCACCUCCACCACAGCACGGCGGCCAUACCAAACGACGUCAAUACGCCGCUGGCCAAACACAAGCGUAUUAUAGUUCGACCGAUGGACUUGCUCCCCCUCCUUCGUUUGCUGGUGGCCCAGGUAGUCAAUUGCAAGCUCCAGCAGCUGGCGGACAACUCUUUACGCCAGGUCUCGCUGCAGAGAAUCAAUUUGCUUCCCAGCAACAACAGCCCGGAGGUGCAUCUCCUUACUAUGGCCAACAACCCGAGCCAGACUACAUCAACUCGCAGCAGGCAUACGGUCAGCAGCCGUCUAUGGGAUACGGGCAGCCGCAACCGAAUAUGGGCGCGUUGACGGAUCAAUUUGGACAGAUGGGUGUAGGCGGACAGAAACCAUUCCAGGUCUACACAACAAACCUCCUCACCGCGCCCCCUGACCCCAUCGAACUCUCCCGUCCGCCACCCGAAAUUCGCCUUCCACCGAACGCUUCUAUCUCUCCAUCUCCGCACGCGAACGCUUCCCAUUUGUACCAGCGGUCGACGCUCAACGCCAUCCCCACUACCAGCUCGCUCCUCGGCAAGUCUAAAAUCCCUCUCGGUCUCGUCUUGAACCCGUAUCGCUCUGUGAAGGAGGGCGAGGAACCAGUUCCCGUGGUCACGGAUACGGUCAUUGCGCGUUGUAGACGGUGUAGAACAUAUAUUAACCCUUAUGUUCAGUUUAUUGAUGGUGGCAAUCGCUGGCGAUGCUGUAUGUGCUCCAUGUCAAAUGAAGUUCCUCAGCUGUUCGACUGGGACCAAGUACGAAAUCAGCCUGGAGACCGCUGGGCUCGUGCUGAGCUCAACCACUCCGUUGUUGACUUCAUAGCACCGGCGGAGUACAUGCUCCGACCUCCCCCACCUCCCGUUUAUGUGUUCUUGAUUGACGUCAGCCAUAGCGCUGUCCAAUCCGGCAUGGUCGCCACGGCUACCCGGGCAUUGCUUGAAAACCUCGAUCGCAUCCCUAACGAGGACCAGCGCUCAAAGGUUGCCAUCAUCGGAUUCGACACAUCUCUUUACUUCUUCUCUAUACCUCCUGGAACGACUGAGUCAAGUAUGCUCGUCGUCUCAGAUGUCGACGACGUCUUCUUGCCGAAACCAACAGACUUGUUGGUCAAUAUCACGGAGGCCCGUGCAUCGUUGGAGGCGCUGCUCGGAAGAUUGAACGACAUGUUCCAGGAGAACCAUGUGAUUGGUAGUGCUUUGGGCCCUGCUCUGCAGGCUGGCUUCAAACUGCUCUCUUCCGUUGGAGGAAAACUGGUGGUUUUGUCGUCGAGUUUGCCGAGUAUUGGCCCUGGUGCGCUGAAGAACAGGGAGGACCCAAAGAUCCUCGGAACGUCCAAGGAAUCUGGUCUUCUGCAAGCCGCCUCUCCCUUCUACAAGACCUUCGCCAUCGAAUGCUCUCGCGCUCAAGUCUCUGUCGACAUGUUCCUCUUUAGCGCCGCCUAUCAAGACGUCGCUACUCUCGCCUGCCUGCCUCACUAUACCUCCGGCCAGACAUACUUCUACCCCGCCUUUAAUGCCGCUCGUUCCGAAGACGCCGUUAAAUUCGCCCAUGAAUUUGGUGAGGUCCUCGCCAUGCCCAUCAUGCUCGAGGCCGUCAUGCGUGUGCGCGCCUCGAGAGGGCUCAGAAUGGCAUCGUUCCACGGGAACUUCUUCGUCCGGUCGACGGAUCUGUUGGCCAUGCCCGCCGUGCCACAGGACACAGGAUACGCGAUCGAAGUCCAGAUCGAGGAGACGUUGACGCAGCCUUUCGUCGUCUUCCAGACCGCGAUUUUGCACACUACCUCAUUCGGCGAGCGUAGGAUUCGUACCGUCACACUCGCGCUGCCGACGACGGCGAACUUGUCGGAGGUGUUUGCAUCGGCGGAUCAGCAGGCGAUUGCGACGCUGUUGGCGAAUAAGGCGGUGGAGAGGUCGAUCACGCAUAAGUUGGAGGAUGCGAGGGACGCGACGAUGAAUAAACUGGUGGAGAUUUUGCAGAGCUAUAAGACGAGUAUGACGAGUGCAGGGAGUGGGGCGAGUGCGCAGUUGGCGCUCAGUGAGAAUAUGAGGAUGUUGCCGGUGUUGGUGUUGGGCUUGUUGAAGAACGUUGGUGUGAGGCAGAGCGCGCAGAUUCCGCCAGAUUUGAGGGCUUAUGCACAAGCUUUGCUCACUUCGUUGCCGGCGGAGCUGUUGAUUCCCUACAUCCACCCGACCUUCUAUUCGUUACACAACAUGCCUCCUGAGGCUGGAACCGUCGGCGAGCAUGGCGUCAUCAUGCCUCCACCACUGCCACUCACUUCCGAGAGGCUGGAGAGGCAUGGCCUCUUCUUGAUUGAAGACGGCCAAACCAUCUUCCUUUGGGUUGGAAGAGACUCUGUUCCUCAACUUAUCAUCGAUGUUUUCAACCUCCCUAGCUACGAGGUUCUUCGCGGCGGAAAGACGACUCUCCCAUUGCUGGACAAUCCCUUCUCGCAACGCCUCAAUGCUAUCGUCCAAAAGAUCCGUGAGAUGCGCAAGGGCGUGUAUUACCCACAUCUCUACAUCGUCAAGGAGGAUGGCGAGCCGCCGUUGAGGCUCUGGGCGCUUAGCGCGCUCAUUCAGGAUAGGGCGGACGUGCUACCAAGUUACCAACAAUUCAUUGGGCAGCUGAAGGAUAAGGUGAACGGAUCGGGAAGUUACUAGAUAAGCUCAACACGGAAGGGGGGAAAGCGAAGGGAGGAUUCAAAAAUAAGCUGCUGGCUUGUCGCUUGUGUGUGUUUCCUCGUCUGUGGCUAGUUCUCUCUGUCAUUAUUUCUUUGUU